AUGGCUGCUGCUUCGACUCCAGCAAUCCUAAUGUCCCAUGGUGCUUCUCCCCACAGACUAAAGGUGACCCCUGCACCCUUGAGAUAUUAA